AAAUCAAGCUUUUAGAAACAUUGAAUUUCUAAGGACGCCAAAAUGGCGGGUGCUGGAGCAAAACCGUUUAUUGACAAGAAACUUUUACAAAGGAAAGUUAUUCUGUUUUCAAAAACAUAUUCCCCGGCAUGUACAACUGCAAAGGAAAUCUUAGGCAGUUAUGGACUGAAAUUUCCAAACUAUGAAGUCGUAGAAAUUGAAGCCAGACAGGAUUGCAAUCAAAUUGAAAACUAUUUCCAGAUUUUGUGUUUAACGGACAGGCGAGAGGUUCCUCAACUUUUUAUGGAUGGGAAAUAUGUCGGAGGAGAAAAAGAAAUUACCAGAAUGCAUGCAAAUGGAGACCUAGGCAAAAAACUAGUGGUUGCUGGAGCCCUUAAAUAAUUUUCAAAUUAGUA